AUGAAACAGCUGAGAGCAAGAUCUGUCAGAAUUUGUGAAUGGAAUUGUUAGAUUUUUGUGUAUUGGGAAAUUUCAUCAGAUGUAGAACUCACAUAAUACACAGAAAACGAUUGAGAAAGAGUAAAUAAAAACGAUUUAGAAGUUGACAUGAAAAAUUAGGUGGAUAUUCUAGUCAGCCAUGGGGGCAGAAGAAAGUAAAGGAAUAAAUUAUGGCUUGAUGGGGCCUACUACAGUGGUGGCCAACAUGAACCGUCAAGCCCAAGCUGCCAGACCAUGGUCUCUUUUACAUAUGUGUUCAGUGGACCAGUGGAAAUCAGGGCAUGCAGAGGCUGCUGGAUUUUCAGAGACCACGAUGUCAUGCAAUGGAGUUGUGUUCAAAGACUGUAGUCCAACAUUUUGUAUAAGCCGCCAGGGUAUCAUCAAUCUUAACAAAUCUCAUUCACUGUUCAGUUUCCGUAGACGCAACAAGUUCACCAAGAUGGCGGAACAUUUUGAGUACAAUCAUAUUCCUGCACAACUCUCAUCCAUUCAAAACUUUCAUGUCAAAAGUGUUUUAUGCUAUCAUGAGUCAACAGUCGUUCUUCAUCUAGUCAGAAACAUGAUGACACAAUUUGGUGUAAUUGACUUGGAAACAAACAAAUUCCUAGGCGUGUUUGGUAAAAAGAAUGUUGAAUUUGUGAAUGAGGCCUUGAGAGGGGAGAUAAGUCCUGAUGGAACAGUGUGCCUGAUUAAAAUUCCAAGCAUAAAAUCAGACAAUAACAGUGCAUUUGUCUUCCAAUUAUUUUGUCUCAAGAAGAGAGAGCUGAUAAGGGAGGUUACUCUGCCAUUUCAUCAUAGUUUAUUUGCAUUUGAUCCAAGAUUCAGUUCAUCUAGAAUAGCUGCCACAAGUUUUCUACGAGGGGAGGAUAAUAGUUUAAGUUUGGUGCAGACAGAUUCGUGGUCAGUGCUCCGUACAAAUCCACGAGUUGACGAUAUGCAUUCUAGUCUAAAUCCACAUUUGAAAGAUAUAUUCUUUGCCAAAGAUGGCUACCUAAUCUUUGCCAUUAUGGUUUCCAGUGGAGCAGGAUGUUGUUGUCGUGAAAAAAGAGCACGGCGCAUGCAGCCAGUUGAUGUUUGCGUCUAUAUAUUUAAUGCUGACACAACACAAACACUUCAUUGUAUCCAAUACAAUCGCUUCAUCUGUGCAAUACAUUCAUGUCCCGUCAAUUACCUGCCAAUAUUUUCAAACUGUGGAAGUCGAAUGGCAAUAGUUUUAAAUGACAAAGAAACACAAUAUGACCAUUUACAGAUAUACAAACUACCGACUGCUGGCAGUCUACAGAACCGAUGUCGUAUCCGGAUAUUACAACAGUUCCAGUACCCUGAUAUUAUACAGCGGUUACCAUUGCCAACCAGACUGAUUCAGUACCUUCAGUUUCAGCCAGAAUUUGCAUAGACUAGUUUAGGUUAUUUUCAAAUUGGGGCAUUUAUAAAAUUAUGGCUAUGGCCAGUAUAAAUUCAUAUGAGGUCACUUUGGCCAGUAUGAAUUCAUAUGAGGUCACCCUGGCCAGUAUAAAUUCAUAUGAGGUCACUUUGGCCAGUAUAAAUUCAUUUGAGGUCACCGUGGCCAGUAUAAAUUCAUUUGAGGUAAUUUUGGCAAGUAGCUAGUAAGAAGAAAAAAGGGAUCACUGGGCACAGUACUGGUUAGAAAUUAUACAAAAUAUACUGUGUCUGCAUAUUUUAAAACAUUUCUGUCACUUAGAAGUACAAAUUUACAAAUUAUUUUGUGAAAUAUGGUAGUUGGUUUGAAUUAAUAUAAAAUUUUACUGACACACAAUUAUUUUGUGACAUAUCAUAGUUGGUUUGUAUGUCUAAUUUUACAGACACAUAAUUAUUUUUUAACCAACCAGUAAUAUUAAGCAGGAAGGUUUGACAAUCAAAAGAUAAAGUUGUUUAUACUAAUAAGGAAAGAUUUACUUUAUAACAAUGUACAUUUUUUGAUUCAUGACCUGUUGUUUUGUUUUUGUUCCUGUUAAAGUAGAGAUAAUUUGAAAAAAUGAUUCA